UAGUAUGGGAUCUUUAAUCUGACGAGGCCUUUGGCCUGCUGUCAAACAAGAGAUGAAAUGUCGGAGAACCUGGCUAAAAUCCUGUUGCUGCUGCGUGAAUCUGCGGGCGGGAUGCUUUUUCAUAGCGCUUUUCGAGAUUUUCGCAUCGUUCCUGGGGCUCUUUGUUGGCGAAGAUGGUCGUCUGUUACUUAUUGCCCGAGUUGCCUAUAUGGUGCACUUUCUUGGGGCGAUUUUUCUGAUGAUGAGCAGUAUCUUGAUCGAAUUUCUGGUGAUCAUCUAUCUGGUAACAGAUAUAAUCCACCUGAUCUUUUGUAGCGCCUUUAUAAUCGAUUACGCAUUAAGUUGUAGCUUCUGCACUUUUGAAUCGAUUCCGGUAUUCUUCACCCUAGCUUUUAGCCUUUAUUUUUGGAUAGUGGCAUUUUUCUAUUGGCGACGCCUUCUCUGGGAACACAAUCCAGAAAACGACGACUGAGGCGAAGGGGUAUCGUUAAUUCUGGAUCUUGAGUGUUUAUUCUACGCCUUUGUGUUGGAUUAGCGCUAUGUACCUUUUCAGUUUGGCCUUAAUUUCACACUAAUUUGUAAAUUUGCCUUUAAUGCCAAAGACAAAGAGUAAAACGAAAAGAGCAAAGUUCCGCAAAUUGUUUGUACAGAGAAAUAUAUUUUGUAUUCAGUA